CCUCCGUCACCUGUCACUGUACCGGAUCAACCCAGCACCAUGUCUUCCCGGCCGCCGACGCAUCCGUCCGACCGGAGUCCACGGCGAUUGCCCACCGCCUGCUGUCUCCUAGUACUCGCCCUCGCUCUCCUCUUCGCCUCCGCCGCCGCCAAGUCCUCUCGCCGCCCCAUCUCCGACAACGAGAUCCGGCAGAAGAAGGAGGCCUGCUACACCGACGUCGAGAACGGGCUAUGGGGCUGGGUGUGCAGGUCCUCGCCAACGGAGAAGGAGAACUGCGUGCUGCGCUGCCUCUCCCCGGAGUGCUACAACCUAAUAUAUGGCGGCGACCCGCUCGAGGAAGGGGAGUUGGACUAUGUUCGUAGCCAGGAGUACAAGUACUGCAUGCACAGAUCAUCCCUUGGAGAAAGCUUGGAUGGUGUGAAGGGGUCCUUCAACUAUUCAUGAAGGGAACAACGGGGAAAAGGUUGUGUUAGUUUGCUGUAAACUUUAUUUUUCAUGCGUACAUGUAUUGCUUUAUUUAGACCUUGAACCCAACAUAUAUACUGGCUUUCGCUAAUUGGUGAAUGUGGUAAACAACUUACCAAAUAUAGCAAUAAAGCUAACUUUUCGGCUA